AGCCCAUCCGCAGUGUGUGCGCCCGGUUUGUGUCAACUUGACGAGUCGAGAUGGCAAAUGUGUUGAGAAAUUCCGCUAAAUUCGGGUUUUCAGGUGUGUUGUCCCAGUUGUCCAUCCACAGUAGACAUGGGAGAGAGUGUGUGUCGCCGUGCUUCUCUCUGCAGCAGAGGAACAACUCUACCUCACCUAAGAUCAAGGUGGACCUGGACAGCAGUACAGGUGUAGCAGUGUUGAGGAUGCAGAGUCCCCCUGUCAACAGUCUGAGUCUGGACUUCCUCACUGAGUUCUGUAUCAACCUGGAGAAACUAGAGAUGGACAGGAGUUGUAGAGGUCUGAUCAUCACCUCGACCCUCUCCAAGGUGUUCUCUGCAGGGCUAGACAUCAUGGAGAUGUAUGGGAAAAGUCCGGAGCGCUGUGGAGAGUUCUGGAAGGCUGUUCAGGAGAUGUGGCUCAAACUCUACGGAUCCAACAUGGUUACCAUGGCUGCCAUCAACGGUUCUAGUCCAGCAGGUGGCUGUCUCAUGUCUCUUGGAUGUGACUAUAGGAUCAUGGCUGAUAACCCUCGCUACAGCAUCGGACUCAACGAGACUCAGCUCGGCAUCGUAGCUCCCUUCUGGUUUAAGGACACGCUGGUGAACACGGUUGGUAACCGGGCAGCAGAGCUGUCGUUGGAGCUGGGUCUGUUGUACAGCGCUCCUGAUGCCCUGAAGAUCGGCCUGGUGGACCAGUUAGUACCUGAGGACCAGGUCCUCUCCACUGCACAGGACACCAUGUCCAAGUGGCUGGCUGUACCAGACCAUGCCAGACAGAUCACCAAGUCCAUGAUGAGGAAACCGACCAUUGACAAGCUGCUGUCCAACAGGGAAGCUGACAUCACCAACUUUGUGAGCUUCAUCACUAAAGACUCCAUCCAGAAGUCCCUCCGCAUGUACCUGGAGAUGCUCAAGAGUAGAAAGGCCUAGUCUGGGGCCCGAACGGCUCCCCGGUCCCCUUUAGGGCUUCUAACGGCUCCCCGGUCCCGUUUAGGGCUUCUAACGGCUCCCCGGUCCCCUUUAGGGCUUCUAACGGCUCCCCGGUCCCGUUUAGGGCUUCUAACGGCUCCCCGGUCCCGUUUAGGGCUUCUAACGGCUCCCCGGUCCCCUUUAGGGCUUCUAACGGCUCCCCGGUCCCUAAAAGGGCCCUGGUCAAAAGUAGUGCACGAUAUAGGGAAUAGGGGGCUACGUCCCAAUUAUCUCUCCUUUCUCCUGUGUGAACUUGUUCUCUUCCCUUCACGGAUUUGAAAGGACAUUUUUGUGGGGAACGAGUGCACCCUUCAGGAGUAAAGGAGAGAUUAUUGGAACGCAGCCAUCCUUGAAGAGGAUGUCUUCUGAUGCCCAGGCACACAUGUGAAAGUAACCUGGGGGUGAGUCUCAAUAGUCUGCCUCCCUCUGCUUGUCUCCUUUCACUUAUUGAGAGACACCCACUGGUUACAUCUCAAAUAGCACCCUAAUUCUCUAUGUAGUGCACUACCCCUAUAGGCCCUGGUCAAAAGUAGUGCACUAUAUAGGGAAUAGGGGUGCCAGUUGAGACGCUACCCUGUCAUAUAUGGUUUUUUGAAACUAGCGUUUCUUAUUGGACAAAAUGAGGUAGUUCACUCCCUGUUUUGUCCCGUUUGGAUCCUAAUGAACACACCCCCGGCCUUAUUUCCCCCUGCCACAAUGUUUGACUGUCUGGACUGAAACACAGAGCACUGUUACGAUGUAGCUGAUUGUACAGUAUGUCAUCUUGCCUUUGUCUGUGAACAUAAUGUUUUGUUUUUUCUUCGUAUGAUCUUCUCCUGUACUGUUGGUUUGCAAGUAAACAUCUUUAAAAUACCUUCCAUUGAA